AUGGUUGAACCUGUAGGCAACCAGUAUGUCGUGGCCAGACCGGUAUACUCAGAGAACUCAUUUGGUGAAGAACAUACGAAAGUGCAGAGAUACCAUAAAACCUUUUUGGAUCAUCUGAGGGUAUGUUUUAGAUGUUCCCCACAAAAGGCCAAGAAUAUUGCCACUGGUUUGUUACCUAUAACUUCCUGGUUGCCGGCAUAUCGCGUCAAGGAUUGGCUCCUGAGUGACUUUGUCUCUGGGCUGAGCACAGGGCUGGUGGCUGUCCUGCAAGGUCUAGCAUUUGCUUUACUAGUGUAUGUUCGCCCGGGGUAUGGACUUUAUGCAGCCUUUUUCCCAGUCAUAGGCUAUUUUUUCUUUGGCACUUCCAGACAUAUCUCUGUUGGUCCGUUCCCUGUUCUGAGCAUAAUGGUGGGAGAAGUAGUUAUGAAGUUAGUCGAUGAGGAGAGUGUUGGAAACAGCACUUUAACGACUUCUACGGCACUAGAUGACGAGAAGAUACAGGUGGCAGCAACUGUAUCACUCCUUGCUGGAAUUUUUCAGUUGCUUUUGGGAGCACUACAGGUUGGAUUCGUAAUUAUUUAUCUAUCUCAGUCAUUAAUCAGUGGUUUCACUACUGCUGCAGCUAUCCAUGUUGUGGUGUCUCAGCUGAAAUUCAUACUCCAGCUACCGGUUACUGGAUGUAAGGAACCACUUUCAAUUUUCUGUACUCUGGGAAAGAUUGGUGGGCAGAUCACGAAGACAAACAUUGCAGAUCUUGUCACAGCACUCAUUAUCUUGGUCAUUGUGUUUGUGGUGAAAGAAAUUAAUGAGCGAUACAAAGCCAAACUACCAGUGCCCAUCCCAAUUGAACUCUUUGUGACAGUCAUAGCAACAGGUAUAUCCUAUGCCUGUAAUUUCAAAGAGAGGUUUCAAGUUGAUGUCAUUGGACAACUAGAAAAAGGAUUUAAGCCUCCUGUUCAACUUGAUAUGAGGGUUUUCCAAAGUUGUGUGGGUGACGCUUUUUCCAUAGCGAUUGUUGGAUUUGCAGUAGCCUUUUCGGUCGCUAAAGUAUAUUCUGUCAAGUAUGAUUACCCCAUAAAUGGCAACCAGGAAUUAAUUGCCUUUGGCCUGAGUAACAUCUUUUGUGGCGCAUUCAGCGGAUUUGCUGCGAGUACAUCGCUGUCAAGAUCAGGUGUGCAGGAAAGCACAGGAGGCAAAACACAGGUUGCUGGUCUUCUCUCUGCUGUCAUUGUCCUGAUUGUCAUCCUGGCCAUUGGAUUUCUCCUGGAACCAUUACAGAAGUCAGUCCUUGCAGCUUUGGCUCUCGGCAAUUUAAAGGGGAUGCUUAUGCAGUUCAAAGAAAUAGGUGUUUUAUGGAAAAAGGACAAAUAUGACUGUAUGAUAUGGAUUGUGACUUUCCUAUGUACUGUAAUACUGGGGCUUGCUAUUGGACUAGGAGUUUCAAUAGGAUUUGAACUCCUGACCAUAGUGUUCCGCACACAGUUUCCAAAGUGCACUCUUUUGGCUAAUGUUGGAAGAAGCAACAUCUACAAAAACAGAAAGGAUUAUGUAGAUAUAUAUGAGCCAGAGGGAGUGAAGAUUUUCAGCUGUCCGGCCCCGAUAUUCUUUGCUAAUAUUGACUUCUUUCAGGAGAAACUUAUCACCGCUGUUGGUUUUAAUCCAUUGCGGGUGCUGCGCAAACGCAAUAAAGCUUUGAGGAAAAUCAGAAAGAUGCUGAAGAAAGGAGAGCUGCAAAUGACACCUAAAUCCUUUAUUUGCACUGUUAAUGGUCUGAAUGAUUCUGAUGAAGAAUUGGACAACAAUAAAAUAGAGGAGCUGGAUCAGCCCACUAACAUGGCAGACUUACCAUUUCAAAUUGACUGGAAUGCAGAACUUCCUCCCAACAUCACCGUGCCCAGAAUUGACGUCCACAGCCUCAUUCUUGAUUUCGCAGCAGUAUCAUUUUUUGAUGUUUCUGCCUUGAGAGUCCUCAAAGAGACUUUAAAAGACUUCGUCCGGGUUGAUGUGGAUGUGUAUAUUGUGGGAGCACAAGAGGGCUUCCUGGACAAGCUGGAAAGAUGUGCAUUUUUUGAUGAGGAGAUUAAGCCCUCCAUGUUUUUCAUCAGCAUUCACGAUGCUGUUUUACACAUUUUGGUAAAAAAGAACGGAGCCUGCUCACCAAAGUUCAAACCCAUGAAGGAGAUGGGAAGCAGUGAUCAUUAUAUUAUCAAUACAAACGGCGAAUUACGCAACCGGGCGUACACGAUGCCAACAGAAACAAAAUUCUAA